AUGAGAGGCAUUAUAGCCCAAGCCAUUUUUUUCGUAGCCAUUUUUCUCCCCAUCAGCAUUAAUGCCACAAUUCUAUCAACCAGCUCAAGGUGGAUCGUUAACCAGUACACCGGAGAACGAGUAAAACUCGCGUGCGUCAACUGGAUUUCGCACCUUGAGCCGAUGAUAGCCGAAGGGCUCGAAAAGAAGCCCUUACACGUGAUAGCUGGGCAGAUAGCCGCAGACGGGUUCACGUGCGUGCGGUUCACGUGGCCCACGUUCAUGUUCACCCGUCCCGAUUAUUACAACAUCACGGUCUCCCAAUCCCUCGACAGGUACAACCUCAGCGAUGCAAAAGCCGGCAUUUUGAAAAACAACCCUUGGAGUUUGGGGCUGAAAAUCCAAAUCCUCCAUAAGGUUGUGGUGAUAGUGCUUGGACAGCACAACCUAAUGGUUAUCCUCGAUAACCAUAUAAGCCGACCCGAAUGGUGUUGCAGUCUUGACGACAAUAACGGGUUCUUCGGCCAUCCGGAUUUCGACCCGGACGAGUGGUUGCAGGGCCUGGCUCAGGUGGCUAGGACUUACCGAUAUACAUAUGGGGUGGUGGGUAUGAGCAUGAGAAAUGAGCUACGAGGUAGAGAUGAAAAUGUGGAAGAUUGGUAUAAAUACAUGCAACAAGGAGCCAUGACCAUCCACCAAAACAGCCCUCAGUUUCUUGUUAUAAUCUCAGGCCUAAAUUUCGACACUGACCUUAGGUUUCUAAAGGAAAAAUCACUACCACAACUAGAUUUUAAUAACAAAAUUGUACUUGAGGCCCAUUGGUAUGGAUUUACUUUCCCGACUAUGUCGAUCCCCACCGAGUUGUGGAAAGCCCAAACGAACAAGUUUUGUGCCGAGGUGACUCAAUCAUCAAUGGACAAUUUCCUAUUCUUGACAACAGGAGAUAACCCUUACCCUCUUUUUCUAAGUGAAUUUGGUUUGAACCAAAUGGGUCAAAAUGAGGGUGAAAACAGGUAUAUAACCUGCUUGCUAGCUGAGGUGGCAGAGAAAGACAUUGAUUGGGCAUUAUGGACAUUUCAAGGCAGCUACAUUUAUAGACAAGGGAAAGUUAAUCCAGAAGAAUCUUAUGGAGUUAUGAACUUCAACUGGGAUGGUAAUAGGAAUCAGGAUUUCUUGGACAGACUGCAAGUCAUAAGACAGAAGAAUCAAGGUAACUUUUAUUACAAUAUAUUAUAUUUGCAAAUUUAA